AAAAAACAAGAAAAAGACAAAGAUGGCUGACGAGUGAAAAAUUUUUCUCACCAAAGUGUUAGUUCAUCAAUUUUUGCAAAAUAACUCAGUGCGAUCUUAUCAAAAUGACUGAAAAUCACUGUAAUCGCAUUUGGGCAAGCAACAUUGUGGUUUUCGGCAUAUUGGUUGCGUGUUUCUAUUGGCUGCCAGUCAUAAACGCCCAGUUGCACAAAAAUCUAAAGCACUACGAAACGUUGCACGUGGACGACCUGCGACACCGGAUCACGAAACGUGGGACCACGCACAGUAGUCAUCCGUUCAACACCAUUAAGGAGGUGGAAUUUCGGGUACUGGGGCGCAAUUUUCGUCUGAUACUACACCCCCAUCGGGAAGUUCUGCACAGUAACUUCAGAGCUUAUUCAGUCGAUGGCAGCGGAACAGAAUCGAUCGUUCAUCUGGAUCGAGAUAACUUUUUUAGAGGUCGAGUGUUCGGGGAAACCAACUCGCACGUCAAUGCACACUUAGAGAACGGAAUUCUAACGGCGUCGGUCGUACUGCCAGAUGAAACGUAUCAUAUUGAACCUUCUUGGCGACACCUCGACCAACCGGAUGGUAGACAUAUGAUAGCGUACAAGUCGUCCGAUAUCAAAUUCAGCUGGGACGACGUGGAAGCCGUUGGGGUCAGCGAUAUGGGAGGCGUUGCGAGAACCUGUGGCUACGUCAAGGAAGGAUUGGAGCUUGAACACCACGAUGAGGAAAACGAAGACAAAGGCGCAAACUUGGAGCAAACCGAAUCUUCUGGAUCAGUAUGGGCCGUAACGGAACCGACGACUAGCGAGCAGCGAUCGGCAAGAAAGAAACGCCAGGCAGAUCAGUAUGAGUACACUCCUACUAAAACGCGUUGCCCGUUGCUGCUGGUGGCGGAUUAUCGAUUCUUUCAGGAAAUGGGCGGAAGCAACACCAAAACUACCAUUAAUUAUCUGAUCAGUUUGAUAGAUCGAGUUCACAAGAUCUAUAACGACACGAUAUGGCAAGAUCGAUCCGAUCAGGAAGGAUUCAAAGGGAUGGGAUUCGUUAUUAAAAAGAUAGUGGUUCAUUCGGAACCAACAAGAGUGCGAGGAGGCGAAGCACACUACAAUAUGGUCCGAGAAAAGUGGGACGUUCGCAAUCUACUGGAGGUAUUUUCUCGCGAAUACAGCCACAAAGACUUUUGUCUGGCUCAUCUAUUCACAGACCUCAAGUUUGAGGGUGGUAUUUUGGGAUUAGCGUACGUUGGUUCGCCGCGGCGAAACUCCGUCGGUGGCAUUUGUACGCCAGGUGCUUUUUUUCUAGUUCUCGAAAGCCGUAUGGUUUUAUUGGUAGUCCCUAACUUUCUAUUUCUACCUUUCCUAGAAUACUUCAAAAAUGGUUACACUCUUUAUCUGAACUCUGGUCUCAGCAGUUCGCGUAAUCACUAUGGCCAGCGUGUCAUUACACGUGAAGCAGAUCUGGUGACGGCUCACGAGUUUGGUCAUAACUGGGGUUCAGAGCAUGAUCCAGAUAUUUCGGAAUGUUCACCUAGUGCUUCACAGGGCGGUAGUUUCCUGAUGUACACUUAUUCGGUCAGCGGGUACGAUGUCAACAACAAAAAGUUUUCACCCUGCUCGCUGCGCUCGAUCCGUAAGGUUUUACAGGCCAAGUCAGGUCGAUGUUUUUCCGAACCAGAAGAGUCGUUCUGCGGGAAUCUACGUGUCGAGGGUGACGAACAAUGCGAUGCAGGUUUGCUUGGGACGGAAGAUAACGAUGCUUGCUGUGACAAGAAUUGUAAACUGCGUCGGAAUCAGGGAGCGGUUUGUAGUGAUAAAAACUCUCCUUGCUGCCAGAAUUGUCAGUACAUGAUGGCCGGAGUAAAAUGCCGCGAGGCACAGUAUGCUACAUGCGAACAGGAAGCUCGCUGUACUGGAAACCACGCCGACUGUCCGAAAAGUCCCCCCAUGGGUGAUGGAACCAUGUGCCAGGAGAGAGGCCAGUGUCGUAACGGCAAAUGUGUGCCCUACUGCGAAACGCAAGGACUGCAAAGCUGUAUGUGCGACACAAUGGCGGAUGCGUGCAAGCGGUGCUGCCGGCAAAGCAUAAACGAAACCUGCUUCCCUGUGGAACCCCCCGAUGUCCUGCCAGACGGUACUCCCUGUAUUCAGGGUUUCUGUAAUAAAGGAAUGUGCGAGAAAACGAUACAGGACGUUGUGGAACGUUUCUGGGAUAUCAUUGAGGAAAUUAACAUCAACAAAGUUUUGCGCUUCUUGCGUGACAAUAUCGUCAUGGCAGUCGUUAUGCUGACCGCCUUGUUUUGGAUUCCGGUAAGCUGCAUAAUAUCGUACUUCGAUCGGAAAAAACGAAAGGAAGACUGGAAAGAAUACGAGUGGAGCCAGAAAUUAGACUUAAUUCAUCCUAGUGAUCGUCGGCGGGUUAUUCAUAUAAGGGUCCCCCGGCAAAAAAUCACCGUAGCUCGAAUGUAAGAUCCAACCAGUUCAAAUAGGGUUAGUAACGAAAGGCUGAAACUCAAAAGGCUGAAACCCGAAAGGCUGAAACUCGAAAGGCUGAAAAGUAUGUUUCAUAACGAAAGGCUGAAUGCACAAAAGGCUGAAACCACAAAAGGCUGAAUGAACAAAAGGCUGAAACAUGAAAGGCUGAAACUUUUGUAACUUUAAUCAUAAUCGUUGAAAAAUUCGGACACAUGGAUAACAAACCUUUAUAAGGUGAAAGAGUUUAAUGUUUGAGUAUUAAUUGGUUUGUGCAAUGGAAAAUAAUUUUCGGCAACAUUUGAAUCUAUACACACUUGACUCUUGUACACGUUUCCUAGAUAAUUCAGGGCGAGACGGCCGAAGGCCGCGAGUGUGCGCCGGCGACCCGCCGUCGGAAGCGCCGGCCACUGCGGGGGGGCAGCCCCCCCGCAGAAAUCACCUCUGUAUAGGUUCGUUCGUUUUCCUAGGUCUACUGACUCGUAGGGGUGAUCCCCUAGUUUAGUCCGAACGAGCGAUAGCGAGUAAGGACAGCAUACAUCUCGGACAAUCGAGUCGGCCGUAGGCCGCGAGUGUUCUUUUAGAAAUGAACUUUGUGAAUUUCAGCCUUAUGAUUUUUCAGCUUUUCGUGAUUCAGCCUUUCGUGUUUUCAGCCUUUCGUGUUUUCAGCCUUAUGUAGUUUUCAGCCUUUCGUGAUUCAGCCUUUCGAAUUUCAGCCUUUCAUGUUUCAGCCUUUUGAGUUUCAGCCUUUCGUAGUAGACCCGUUCAAAUAUUAUCACACAAUUCCUUUCCUUUAAGAGCGCAACAAUCCCACUUAAACUAGAAAAUAAAAACAUCGGAAUUUCUUUUAAUGAAA